UUUAUUUAAAUAAUCCCACAUAUAGUACACAAAAUAACGUUACACACAUCACAGCAAAGUGCCAGAUACAAGCUCCCACCACCUCACUUCACUCACUUUUUGUCCAGAACUCUCUAUUCUUCUCCAAACCCUUUUCUUCUCAUUAUAUCUAUCUCUCUUUUUUCUCUCUGCCUCAAACUGUUGCACCCUCCCCAAGUUCAUUCAACCACCAAAUAAAUCUCUCUUCUCUCUUACACCAACUGAAGACAACCCAUCUUUGUCACUAAUCAUGGCUCUAAUGGUGUAUUUUGUGCUUUUCUUAGCCCUGACUGGCUAUUCAAGUGCUCUUUACUGUAUAUGUAAAGAUGGUGUGGGAGAUCAAGCUCUUCAGAAAGCAAUAGAUUAUGCCUGUGGUGCUGGAGCUGAUUGCACACCUAUUUCCACAAAUGGAGGCUGUUUCCAACCCAACACUGUGAAGGAUCACUGCAACUAUGCUGUCAAUAGCUAUUUCCAGAAAAAGGGUCAGAUUCAGGGAAGCUGUGAUUUUGCUGGUGCUGCCAUUACCAGUCCAACAGCACCUACUGCAUCAUCUUCAUGUGUUUUCCCCACAAGCCCUGGCACUACAGGGACAGGGACAAGCACAACCCCAUCAACCACCACACCAAGCACAACCCCCUCUACCUUAACUCCUCCUACUAGCACAGGCACAGGCACAGGCACAGGCACAGGCACAAGCACUGGAACAGGCACAGGCAUAGGCACUGGUACAGGUUCAACCACAGGUACUGGCAUUGGCACAGGAACAGGCACAACCACAGGGAGUCCUAAUGUAUUUGGAAUUAGUCCAACAUCAUCAACUGGUACUGGUAGCUUCAAUGACAAUGGAGGGGUUCAAUUGAAAGGCACAUUUGUGUUACUGUUAUCUCUUGUUGUUGCUAGCUUAUGGCUAGCUUGAAGGGGUCUAAACUCUAAGCAACCACAGUGCUAGGAAAGACUAGUUGGGAGUUUGGUGUGUGGAUGAGAUUUUGCCACAGCAAGAAGGGUGUUCACGUAAUUUCAUCACAGAAAGUAAUCCAUCCACUUUGGCCAUCUGUAUUUUUGUUUUUUGUUUUGGUUCCUCCUACUAUGUGCAAGGUGGAAAGGCUAGGGAAUUUGGUUCCUUUUUAGUGGUGAAUAUAAUGUUGACUAUUGAGUAAUGAGGGGCAGAACCUGAUCAAUUUCCAUUUGUAUAUUAUCUAUCACUAUUGAGAGGCACUAGUAUUUAAUUAGUUGAGAUUUGCUACCUCAUAUCAUCAUAUAUAAUCUCUUUUUAUC